AUGGCCAACUCCAAAUACGAAUACGUACGGCAAUUUGAAACAGUCGACAAGAUCAUUCCAAACACAUGGCUUGUGGUGCGUAUUGACGGUCGAGGAUUCCACCGUUUUUCACAGCAACAUGCCUUUGAUAAGCCCAACGAUCGACGCGCCAUUGACCUCAUGAACCGGUGUGCUGUCGAGGUUAUGAAGGAUAUCAAGGACAUCACUAUGGCGUAUGGUCAAAGCGACGAAUACAGUUUUGUACUCCCAAAGUCAUCCAAUCUCUAUGCACGUCGAGCCAGCAAGAUAUCGUCCACGAUCGUUAGUAUGUUCGCUGCCAAUUAUGUCAUGCGAUGGAGCGAGUAUUUCGGCAAUGUCACUCUUCAAUAUCCACCUUGCUUCGAUUCACGUGUUGUAUGCUACCCAUCGGAUCAAAACCUACGCGACUAUUUAAGCUGGCGACAAGCAGACUGCCAUAUCAACAACCUUUACAAUACCACAUUUUGGGCCAUUGUUCAUUCUGGCAAAACCGAAACUCAGGCUGAGGAGGAUUUACGGGGCACAUUUUCCAAAGACAAGCAUGAAAUUCUGUUUACACAACACGACAUCAAUUACAACAACAUCGAACAAAUCUAUCGCAAAGGAUCCUUUAUUAUUCGACAAAAGACCAAGGUGACAUCCAUAUCACCCAAUACAGGCGAGCCAGUAGAACGUAUCAAACUCAUACCCACUCCACUUCACAUUGACAUUAUUGGUGAUGCAUUUUGGACUGAGCACCCUGAUCUGCUAAAGUGA